AACACCUCCUUUUCGCUCUCCAGUGUCCCCCCCCCCCAGUUUCUUCGAACGAGCUACCGGAGGAAUUGAAAACAGGAGGCGGAAUUUAGUCAUGUUACAUCGCUUCCCUGCCUCGCUUCCUUUCCGCUCCUAUGAGGCCUAUGAGCAGGAAAGCUACUCCAGAUACCACAUCGACAUGUAAUUUCUCUUUCCAUCGGCUCUCAUAUAAGGCACUUCGCCUUCUCAUGUCGGAGCCAAGGUAUAGAACUUUCCCCAAUCCAACAUUUCAAACAUCUAUCAUGUCAUUUGCCCACGCAGCAACUCCCGAUACACGAGGGACCACUGCUGGGUGCCUAGUGUGCGACCUCAGGGGCGAGAUAUGCGUACGCCCUCCCGGAAGCCACGUCUGCAUCGAUUGCCACUACUUCCAGAUACAGUGCCAUGGGCAGGGGCCGACUCCAUCCGAGAUGAAGAGUCACUAUUCCUAUCAAGCUGCCUGCGAGGAGAUCUACGAGGCCAUUAACAAUGCCAAUUCCCGCAACACUCACGAUCGCUUGCCCGCGACCAAGAGAUUUUCGGAUUUACUAGAACAGGCAAAGCUGGGUUUAGCCAAUACCCUAGUCACUCAAGCCCAAUGCCAAGGAACCCUACCCUACCGGUGGAGUGGCACGUCGACUCCUGCAGCCUCCUUUGCCAGCGCCUCGGGAAUAAUGGAAUCGACACCCUUUGAGCCCAUCCCCGAAUUCGUCCUAUCCCCUCUAUCCCCGGCCUACACCUCAAAUCUUAUCCUAGAUUUCGACUCCACGCCCGGGCCUGGACAUCUCAAUCCCAUGAAUCUCCUGGACGGCGCUCCAGAUCAUGUGUUGUAUCCCAGAAACUCGAGUUUAUCAGGGAUCACCGAGCAGAACAUGCACGAUUCGAAAGAACACCCUCAUCAUCCAAGUCCACUGACACUUGCGUGCCUUGAUCCAUGCGCCACCUCAUCGCAAAUUCAACCCGACAUUCAUGUAAUCAUCGAGAGCUUGAGGCUGUUCUUGUGGCACUACGGAUACGAGCUUGUUCGUGUCAAGUGAACGUGUCGUGGAGUCGUUGGAGGGUGAAAUGCGAUGUCGUGAAAUGUUCUGAUCUUCCGCCACUACGUUAGAGAAUUAUUCCGCUGCUGGGUGGCCGAUUUUCUCAUGAUGUGUCUGCGAUAUGCGUUCUGGUUAGCGCGAACAACUAUACCGUUUCUUAGCUAGUAUACCCCACUUAAUUUCGCUGGAAACACGCACGCCUGACGCCCUCCUAACCAACUGUAUACAUUUUUCGUUCGGAGCACCCCACGCGUCGUGAAUUGAAACCGUCAG